AUGAAGCUACUCGCCUCGCCACCACCCACGCGAAUCUCACCCGCCGCCAUCCACGGCCCCCGCGACCUCGCGAUACCCGCUGGCCGCCCGAUGCCGUGGCCGUUUGGGCGCCGUCGCGCCACCAAAUUAAAAGUGGACGGGCCCGCCCCCGUCGCCGAAGGGAAGAAGCCUGCCGCUGCUUAUGCUGGCCAGCGAUCAGGCGUCAUGCCCGACACGUCCCAGGCCCUGGGUCGCCGGAUUAGCACACGCCAAAGCAACAGGCGCAAAAGGAGGCCCUCCUCCCGCUCCGACGCGUCCCUGCGCGACGUCAACCUCGAGAAGCAUUCCUCCGACCUCGAGCCUACACACACCGCCAGCGAGAGGCAGCACCUCUCCCCCCCGGCCAGCCAGGAAGACAUCACGGCCCUCCCCAUCACCAAGGAACUCGGCACCAGUCCCCACCUGCGGCCCGUCACCCAGGAGUACGAAACACCCUACAACUUCCAGCUCCAGGGACAAUCGCACUCCAGCAUCCCGUCAGCACGCGAGCGCGGCAAGCUGCAGCGCCCACAGACGCUGCGGGGCAAACGGAGCGCCAACGACCCGGCCCUCCCUCGACGCAAAUCCACGAAGAAGCGGAAGAAUGACCACGUGCGGGAGGAGGAGAUACGCGCAAUGAGCAUGCCGCUGCCCCAGAAGCGACCCGCCGGCAACGCUGGAGGAGGCAUGUUGCGCCGCGACAGCAAGAAGAUGCGCAGUGGCCUGAACAGGCACCUCGAACGGCCCACGUCCAACAUCUCCCUACCUGUUGAGGAGUCAAUCCACUCCUCAAUGUCGGGAGGAUCCGAGUCCCGCGCCUUCAGGGUCAGCGCCCUCGACAUGUUCACGCCCAGGCCCAAGAUCCGCCUCUCCGGCUUGCAGUACUCUCCAGGUGGCGCGAAUACGUCACCGCAAAACCCAUCACGGAACGAGUCGAGAAAGGAGAAGAGAGCGACGACUAGCAAGGAUGGAAAAGAAAGCAAGGAGGCUUUGAACAAGAGCAGGACGAUUGAUGAUCUAGCUGAUUCGUUAGAUGCAGGCGCUCUACGAGAGAUUAUGGACAGAGAUAAGAGACGGAGAGAGAAGAAGAGGAAGGCUGAUGAAGAACGUAUCAAGCGCAAACUGGAGCGCAGAGCAGAGAAGCAACGGGCCAAGGAGCAGGCACAGGCACCAGGUGGCACGCCGGCCAUUGUACCUCAGCAAGCGACUGGAUCCGUUGGCCUAGGCAUUCAAAAAGAACCGUCUACUCCGAUGCACGAGCAGCCCGCCACCCCGAAACCAGACCCCAUGGAAACCGAGUCGUCUAGCACCUAUCUGAACUACCCCGCUAGCGGUCAGAUUUCAAGUAAUCCGUUCGAAAAUCGCGAGUUAGAGAUCCAUCGUCCAAUCGACGAGGUGCCCACUCCCUUGGAGAGUCCCUUCGAAGAGCCAAUCGUCGCGGACGCGCAGGAAGUUCGCUAUUCACGGGCAAGCAUGUCGCCUCCUACUUCGCCAGUCCACCACGCUCGCGGUAUAUCAAACGUGUCUUACAUGCCGGAUCUUUUAUCAGAAAUGGUUACUCAGCAGCCGGUACAAUCGGUCGAGCCGGUUCCUACCCCACAAGAAGCAACGAGCUCGAGACAAAGCUUACCCAUUGCUCCAACGGAAGUCACACCGCAGCGAACGUCAGCUAGACGGAGUUCAGAAGCUAGCGGUAAGCGCGCAGGAGUCUGGGCGUCGAUAUUUCGUCGUGGGGGAAAGAGAUCGUCUAUUGACCAAGGACGGACAACACCGUCAGAACAUUCAUUUUCAAACACGUCGCGAGAAUCAAUGUCGCGUCAACCACCACCCGCACAUCUGGUGGGACCGCCGCAGGUUCGGCGGACUUCGGGCACUCCAGUUCGUACCAUGUCUAAGUUCAAGGAGGACCUUCCAGAUUUCCCAUUGUCGCCUCCCGACUCAAGGGUCCAAUCACCGGAGGUUUAUGCAUCGAGCUCGAAGCCUAUUGCAGCUCGUCGGGGGAAUAAGCAGCCGUCAAGUAUUCACAUCGAAGGCGGAAGUCGGCCAGGCUCUAAGCGUGGGGCAGACGCUCUUAUUACCCCAACGGACGACGUAAACCGGAACGAUUCGCCUGUCAGCCCUGGUGGUCGCGCUUCGCGGAUAAUGUCACAGUCUCUGGCGUCUGUGGACUCAGAGGGAUCGUGGCUUUCAGGGAAGCCCGUUAAGAGACGGUCAAAUCAAGUUCAUGUUCGAAGCAGCGUUGGUUCGGCUGUCACACCAAAGCAGCAUGAGGACUUCAACGCUUCUUACGAAGAACUUGGAAUCCCCGACGACGAGUAUUUCCGCCGAUUGACGCCACAGCCAGACGAGAAACGACGAUCAGCACAAUCUGGUGAGCUCUUCACUCGCAAGCCUAGCAGCACAGCUAUGGCUCCAACAGCUGGAUCCGAUACAGACGACGACGCACAAAGUAACGCAGCCGAAAAGCUAGUCGACCAGGAAACCGUCCACAGCGGGGUUGCUCGUCAGCCAACUGUUGUGCACAGGAAUCCUCGAGUCAAGUCUACCGAAGCGCUGGUGACUUACUUCCAAGCUGACGAAGCCUCUGCGGCUGGAUCAUCACCCUCGAAUGUCGGCGAAUCUCCUGAUCAGGAUCGGGAGUCGCCCACAGAGGAGCAGCCGGUUUUGGUGCAACGCGCAAGGAGUGUCGAUCUUGGCAACCAUGUGCGACACCUCAGUGCGGGAUCUGCAAAGCUAUUAGACAUACCUGCACGAGGGUCUUCUGUCGACCAAAGGCGUGCGAGCUCUACUUCUCAUAAAUCGAGAGCGUCGAUCGUUGAGUGA